AUGCUGGGGGAUGACGCUGGAGAAUUUGCGACGUUGGUCACUGCCUUGACCAAGAAUCCAGCCGCUCUCGCUAAAGCAAAGGCAGCCAUAGCUACUGCAGCGGGUCAGUCUGAGGGCAAUGCCAAUGGCAAAAGGAACAGGCCACAAAUGACGUCACUGUUCCAAGACAACGAGAGCGAUGAGGAGUCGGGGGAGGAUGAUGAUGCUGGCGGCGCUGAGGCAGCCGACAAAGAGCCUUCAGAUGAGCUGUCUGGUUCCGAGUACAAUGAGGGUGAGGAUGAUGGUGAGGAAGAAACCGACGGCGAGGGCGAUGAUGACCUGGAGGAGGAGGACAUUGCCAAAGAGCUGGGUUCUGAAGAGGCGCAGAACGGUCCUGAAAGGAGUGGUGAGGCUGAUGGCGGCGAUGCUGAAGAAGACACCGGGCUCGCUGACUUGUUGGCAGCGAUUCCAAGGAAAGAAGAAACCCGCAAAAAGAGGAAGAAGUCUGGAAACAGUGGGGCGAUCGUCCCCGUAACCACAAAGAAGGGUGAAAAGUCUCAAGCCAAUGGCCGUCGGAGUGCCGCAGGUGGCCUGGUGCUCAAUGCGGCUUCCACCGAAGCUGGUAUCGACCUCAACCUUCUGUUGCUGUCACACCUGAAAAUGCAGCAGGCCCAAGCUGAGCAACUGGCGCGCAACGACAGGAUGGAGAAGUCAAUGAUUCAGCUUCUGAACUGCUUCAAGAAGUCAAGACCAGGGUCGAGCCAGCAAAGUCCUGAUCCUACGACGUCUUCUGCGACAGUGACUCAACAGGGCGGAGUAUCCGAGCACCAGCUUGGGCUUCUCGAGAGACUUAAGGCAAACCCCAAGCUCCUCAAUUCUGCAAAGUCCCCAAUCAAACUCCUGGUGUCCGGUGCUGUCAACCUGAGCAUGCUCACAUCCGGAGUUGCUGACUCCGAGCUCAUGAGAAGCAGCACCAAGCUCGCACUCCGGGUAGGACCUGACCCGGAGCAGGAGGAGCUGUUCGAGGAGCUUUACGAAGACUUUAUCCAAGCUCACCAGAUGGACAAGUUCCGCAUGAAAAGGGGCCAGGCGGUGUCAACUAUCCGUGCAGCAGCCACAAAGUGGUACAACCUGCCGGCGACUGGAACCGAAGACUGGUCGAAGAUCACCACCGAGCUUCUUGCAGGCAAGGGUUUUUCUCACUGUGACGCCUAUCGCAAGGCAGGUACGGACGCCUACGGCGACAUUCGGUUCCGGACAAUGCUGGCGAAGGCGUGCGGCGUCGACGUCGACCAUCAGCCUGUACCCGAUCAGUUGAUCGUGACGAUCGCUCGGCUUGCACUGGUCGAGGUUGUGCUGGAGCUACAUUUCCGGGGCAUCAAGCGGUUGGAGAAGCAAGAGGCGAAGAUGCUUCAAGUACGGGAGGAGGCUCUAGCUGGAGAGACCCGAAUCAGCGCGUUUGUACUCGUUGUGGCACCAGAAGACCCUUCGGUUUGUCCGAUGAGGCUUCAGAGCCGUGCAGGAGAGCGCGCGAAGGCACUGGCAGCAGCCGGGGCAAAUGAAAAUGGUUCGACGGAGCAAACCCACGACAGCGCAGCGAACCCGAAUCAGUAG